UUGGUCGAAUAUGAGAAAGGAAAAAGGCAAUGCAAAAGCGAGGGAAGGUGGACAAACCAUUAUCCAUGUAAUUGACAGCACAGGAGAGUGAGGGGAGUGAAAUUAGCACGGGGUGAAGAUGGGUAAUUGCGGGACUAGAGAAGAAUCUGGCGUUGUGUCUCAUGCUCAAGUUCAUCAGCUUCAGAUGCUAACCUCAUUGCAAUUGCAAUCAAGUAGCAAUAAUAGUACUAGUAGAAAUGCGAAACAACAGCAUAGUAGCAACAGGUCAGUCUCAGAUCCGAACGAUUCAAAUGUUGGACUGUAUACAGAUGUAAUUGCUUUUACACUGUAUGAAUUGGAGACUAUUACCAAGAGCUUCCGUUCAGACUACAUCCUUGGAGAAGGCGGCUUUGGUACUGUUUACAAGGGUUACAUCGAUGAGAAUGUCCGUGUUGGCCUUAAGUCUCUUCCUGUUGCUGUCAAAGUUCUCAACAAGGAAGGUCUUCAGGGCCACAGGGAGUGGCUGACGGAGGUCAACUUUCUCGGCCAGCUCAGACAUCCUAAUCUUGUCAAGUUGAUUGGUUAUUGCUGUGAGGAUGACCAUCGCUUACUCGUCUACGAGUUCAUGUUUCGAGGAAGCCUUGAGAAUCACUUGUUUCGAAAAGCAGUUGUCCCCUUAUCGUGGUCCACAAGGUUGAUGAUUGCCCUUGGAGCAGCUAAAGGACUUGCCUUCCUUCACAACGCUGAAAGGCCUGUUAUUUAUCGCGAUUUCAAGACAUCUAAUAUACUUUUAGACUCUGAUUACACGGCAAAGCUAUCUGAUUUUGGACUUGCUAAAGCUGGACCACAGGGUGAUGAGACCCAUGUAUCAACUCGCGUUAUGGGAACCUAUGGAUAUGCUGCUCCUGAAUACGUGAUGACGGGUCAUCUCACAGCUAGAAGUGACGUUUAUAGCUUUGGAGUUGUACUGUUGGAGCUAUUGACAGGGAGAAGAUCAGUUGACAAGACGAGGCCAAGUAAGGAGCAGAACUUGGUGGAUUGGGCCCGACCAAAACUCAAUGACAAGAGAAAACUUUUGCAAAUAAUAGACCCUAGAUUGGAGAGUCAGUAUUCGAUAAGAGCAGCUCAGAAAGCCUGCAGUUUGGCAUACUAUUGUCUUAGCCAAAACCCUAAGGCAAGACCGUUGAUGAGCGACGUGGUUGAGACUUUGGAACCUUUACAAAGUAGCGGUGAUGCUGUGGGUGAAAUAUCAUCAUCAUCUGCAUCCUCAUCUUCAUCUUCAUCGUUACCGAUUUCAACAUUUAGAAGUAAGCGCGGUACAAGGGGAAUGCCGGAUUACUCAAGAUUUCCUGACAAUGUUAGUGUUGCUGCUAGCUGUCGCUCCCCAAAUCUGAACUGUUCUCCAAGUGGUCCGGCACCUUGCCGAGUGAGAUGACUAGUACUUCAUAUCUUUGUAUACUGCUCCUAGUGCCUACAUUACAUGCAACCUGUUAAAUCAAGUUGAUCAUACGCCGCUUAAUGUUAUUAUGUAAAUGGUUUUGUUUUGCUUCCAA